AUGGAAAGCCUUGCAUUAACUUAAUAUCACUUUCACAAUUCUAAAGAUAUUAAUGAGGAGCACUUGUAACUUAUUGAAGAAUUAAAUGAUGAAAUUGUUUGCAUUUAUUAUCUCUAAAAUAUAGUCACUUAUUCGUUUCCAUCAAAUGAAUACAUAAACUUGAAGGACCUACUAUAUUUUAAAGUAAUAACAGAAAUAUUUAAUAUAGGAAAAGAACAUCUUGGCAAUAAGUAAUAGUCAAAUAAUACUAAUAUCAAUUAAAAUUUUGGAAGCACUUAUAAAGUUGCAAAAAUCAAAGAUAUCGCAUAAUUAAAUAAAUUGCCAAAAUACAUGGAUUUGGGUCUCUAAACCUUUAUCAUCUAAAUACAACAAUUAGAUAGAAUUUAAAGCCUUUUUUUCCAUGUUCAGUAAAUUGUCUACAGAUAAAGGGAUUUAUGA